AAGAGAAAGAUCAGGCAGGGAAGAAAGCUUGAAUUCUUGAUGAGAGUAAUGGCGUUGCCGUCUGUCUGGAGCGUGAUGCGUGUGGCGAUCCCGUUCAUCUCGGUGGUUGGCCUGCUAAGUGUGAGGCUUGUGGGGGCCAACCAGGACUCUGGGAGUGUCAUUCCUGCAGAAAGUCGUCCCUGUGUUGACUGCCAUGCGUUUGAGUUCAUGCAGAGGGCGUUGCAGGAUUUAAAGAAGACAGUGUAUAAUCUAGACACACGGACAGAAACCCUCCUCCUGAGAGCAGAAAAGAGAGGCCUGUGUGAUUGCUUUCGUUCAAUACACUGA